AUGUCAGCAAAUAUUGAAGGAAAAACGCUGGAAUAUUUCAUCACCCGAGCUACUGAUCCAUUCACAGCAGAAAUUGACCGUGUUAAAUAUGUGGAUCAGCUGUGCAAAGGAAUUUGCAAAGAGGUUGAUGGACCAAAGAACGCCUUUCGCCUCCUGGCCUACAAAGUCCUUUCUCCAUCACAAACUGAAGUUCUCAACACACUAAAGGCUAUCGAUGCAUGUGUAACGCGAUGUGGCUCAGUGGUACAUGACGAACUAGUGAAAAGCGAUCUUUUGGAGCACAUUGUAAAAAUUCUAUCCCCAAAAUUCAGCGGCGAUGGAAUCAAUGAAGAAAUAAGAGACUAUGCUGUCAACAUGAUAACCCAAUGGCACAACUCUUUCAGCCACAUCUCCGCUGUCAAAGAGACAUACAAAAAACUUAAGCUCAGCGGACUUAUUCCUGAAGAAAGGUUUAUGAGCCGGAAACCCGGUAGUGAAUCACCAUCACAAUCUCGCCACGCGUAUUUUAAUGAUGAGGAGAAAACAAGACUACUUUCGAAACUGUUGAAAAGCAAAAAUCCAAAAGAUCUUCAAGCAGCAAAUCGCCUAAUCCGAAGCCUCGAAGAACAGAAACUGGAGGAAGCCAGUAAACGGCGAGAGGACAUUGAGAAAGCCAAAAGUAGUUGUUACUUACUGAUGGAAAUGAUGAAUUCGCUGAAUUUUCGUUGUUCUAGUAACUCCGAAAAUGAUGCUGCAAAGGAACUUUAUGCAACACUGCUGAACUUGAGACCGCUGCUGUUCCGUUACGCCUGCAUGGCUGCAGAUGGCGACGAUAACACCUUACCAGAAAUACUGACGGUAAAUGACGGCGUCAAUAGAGCUAUUGAAUUGUACAAAAUGUCAAAACUAGUAUUGUGGUAUCAAGCAAACUGUACAUGGAAGAGUGCGGAAGAGGUUUGUGACUGGCUAGAUCAUAUUUGUCACGGGGCUGAAAGGUCUUUUCCAAUAAAACCAACAUCAGCUAGCUUAGAGGAAAAAAAACUCAAUCUUGCUUCGCAAAAAAAGAGUAUGGAGCCUGGAAACUCCUUUUUUAAUCCCAAUUUUAUUCAUGCUGAAGCCAGUACUUCAACGGCAGUACCACUCAAGCAAGAUGAUGAGCCGCUUAUAUUGGUGGGUACUUCUGAGGAAAAUAUUGUCAACGACAGCAAAUGUGACCGCGAUGCUAUUGACGCUUUAACUUUACUGAUUGAGGCGGACAUUUUUCCACCAGAUAAUAAAACUAAACAGCUUUUCAGUAAAAAGGUGGACGAAUCGGACAAGGGCAGUGACCGUAAAAAUGAUGACAGCGUUCCCGAACUUCAGGCUUCUUUGGACUUGCUUGAUCCUUUUGUUUCCAAAACUGAACCUUCAGAAAGCGAAAUAGCAACAACUGUUCUACAAAACAUCCUAUGCGACUUUAGUGACAUUCACAUUGGUAAUGGCAACUGA